CGGGCGAGCCCAGCGCGCAUCCACCGGGUGGCGGCGGGGCGAAGGGGGGGGACCCUGAGCGGAGCCUCCGGUACCUCGGAGCUUUCCCGGGCUCUGCUCGCCUUUCCCGGGCUCUGCUCGCCUUCCCCGGGCUCUGCUCGCCUUCCCCGGGCUCUGCUCGCCUUCCCCGGGCUCCGCUCGCCGUUCCCGGCCGCUGCCGCUCGCGUUUUUGCCCGGUCCCCGCAGCGCCGGCAGCCUCGGACCGGCCCCGCCGCCGCCCCUCCCCGGAGCGGGGGGAACCUGCGUGAUUUCUGUCGGGAAUUUGCGCCGUUUUCCUCCGGGACCGGGAGCAGUUUCUCCCGGAAUCGGCUCGGUUUCAUCCUCGCGGGGAGCCGCCGCAGCGCCGAGGUCCCGCCGAUGAAGAGGAGGUGAGGCCCGAGCUGUAGCUCUCACACCGCGCCGUUCCCUGCGGGACCUUCAUCCUCCUCCCUCCUCGCGCCGCGGCCGCCCGGAGCCGUGCCCAUGCCGAAGAACAGCAAGGUGACGCAGCGGGAGCACAGCAGCGAGCAUGUCACCGAGUCGGUGGCCGACCUGCUGGCCCACCAGGAGCCCGUGGACUACAAACGCAGCGUCCUGAACGUCGCCGGCGAGGGCUGGGACAAGCAGAAGGAGGGAGACGAGGACCUGGACGCGGAGAACCGGCCGGCGUGGAACAGCAAGCUGCAGUACAUCCUGGCCCAGAUCGGCUACUCCGUGGGGCUGGGCAACGUCUGGCGCUUCCCCUACCUCUGCCAGAAGAAUGGAGGAGGUGCCUACCUGGUCCCAUACCUGGUCCUGCUCAUCAUCAUCGGGCUGCCCCUCUUCUUCCUGGAGCUGGCAGUGGGGCAGCGGAUCCGCCGGGGCAGCAUCGGCGUCUGGAAUUACAUCUGUCCCCGCCUGGGGGGCAUCGGCUACGCCAGCUGCCUCGUCUGUUUUUUUGUUGGUCUCUACUACAACGUCAUCAUCGGCUGGAGCAUCUUUUACUUCUUCAAGUCCUUCCAGUACCCCCUGCCCUGGAGCGAGUGCCCCAUCGUGAGGAACGGCUCGGUGGCCGUUGUGGAGACCGAAUGUGAGAGGAGCUCAGCCACCACCUACUUCUGGUACCGGGAGACCCUGGACAUCUCCAACUCCAUCUCGGAGAGCGGGGGGCUCAACUGGAAGAUGACCCUGUGUCUGCUGGUGGCCUGGAGCCUCGUUGGCUUGGCCAUGAUCAAAGGCAUCCAGUCCUCGGGGAAGGUGAUGUACUUCAGCUCCCUCUUCCCGUACCUGGUGCUCGUUUGCUUCUUGGUGCGGGGCCUUCUGCUGCGUGGGGCCGUGGAUGGGAUCAUGCACAUGUUCACACCCAAGCUGGACAAGAUGCUGGACCCCCAGGUGUGGCGAGAAGCAGCCACACAGGUUUUCUUCGCCUUGGGCCUGGGUUUUGGGGGGGUCAUUGCCUUCUCCAGCUACAACAAGCAGGACAACAACUGCCACUUCGAUGCCACCCUUGUCUCCUUCAUCAACUUCUUCACGUCUGUGCUGGCCACCCUGGUCGUGUUUGCUGUGCUGGGCUUCAAGGCCAACAUCAUGAACGAGAAAUGCGUGGUGGAGAAUGCGGAGAAGAUCUUGGGCUACCUGAACACCAAUGUGCUGAGCCAUGACCUCAUCCCACCCCACGUGAACUUCUCCCACCUCACUGCCAAGGACUACAACGAGAUGUACAGGGUGAUCAUGACGGUGAAGGAGGGGCACUUCAAGGAGCUGGGCCUGGAUGCCUGCCUGUUGGAGGAUGAGCUCAACAAGUCGGUGCAAGGGACCGGCCUGGCCUUCAUCGCCUUCACGGAAGCCAUGACCCACUUCCCGGCCUCGCCCUUCUGGUCCGUCAUGUUCUUCUUGAUGCUGAUCAACCUGGGCUUGGGGAGCAUGAUCGGGACCAUGUCAGGCAUCACCACGCCCAUCAUCGACACCUUCAAGGUGCGGAAGGAAGUGUUCACAGUCGGUUGCUGCAUCUUCGCCUUCGUAGUGGGGCUGAUCUUUGUGCAGCGUUCUGGGAACUACUUUGUCACCAUGUUUGAUGAUUACUCGGCCACGCUGCCGCUCACCGUCGUGGUCAUCCUGGAGAACAUCGCUGUGGCCUGGAUUUACGGCACCAAGAAGUUCAUGCAGGAGCUGACGGAAAUGCUGGGUUUCCGGCCCUACCAGUUCUACUACUACACCUGGAAGUACGUGUCUCCCAUCUGCAUGGCCGUGCUCAUGACCGCCAGCAUCAUCCAGCUGGGAGUCAGCCCCCCGGGAUACAGCGCAUGGAUCAGAGAGGAGGCUGCCGAAAAGUUCCUGCUCUACCCAACCUGGGCCAUGGCCAUCCUCAUCUCCCUGAUCAUCCUGGCAUCCCUCCCUCUGCCUCUGGUCUUCAUCCUCCGGCAGUUCCACCUCGUGUCGGACGGCUCCAACGCCCUCUCCGUCACCUACAAGAAGGGUCGGAUGAUGAAGGACAUCUCCAACCUGGAAGACAACGAUGAGACCCGCUUCAUCCUGAGCAAGGUGCCCAGCGAGACCCCGUCGCCCAUGCCCACGCACCGCUCCUACCUGGGCCCCGGGAGCAACUCCCCCCUGGAAAUGAGCAGUGCCCCCAACGGACGCUACGGGAGCGGGUACCUCCUGGCCAGCACCCCUGAAUCUGAACUGUGACGGUCGCCUGCCCACCACCCCCGCCGGGAGAGGAGGGCACUGGGGAGUGGAUCCUGGCUGUCCAGGCAACAGGAAAAUUAAUUCAUAAGGAAGACGAAGAAGAAACCCCUCUUAAAAUCGUAAGCAAAGCAGCCAUUUCUGAGACGACAUCGGGAAGAAGGGAUUGCAGGAGGGGCAGGACUCCUCUGACAACCCUCGGUGGAAAGGCAGGACCCCUGGGCUCACCUCCGGGGAAGGGAGGAGGAGUAAGAGACGCUGCAAUACCUUUCCAAGAGCUGUUCUCGUGCGGCUCAGAUCUGAAGCAAAGAAAUCUCUCUUUUCUAAGCAGCUGAUGGUUGGAACAAGGACCUGGCGGCAGGUGGGAAGCCGAUCACACUUCCUCCUGCCACCCAGCGCUCUUCCCUCCCCGUCUGUUGUCCUUUAGCCGGGAGGAGUCAUGGCCUUAUUCCAACGAGCACAAUUAAUCAUCGAUGUUCAUAGCACAAAAAGGUGCUGUUGUUGUCACCAUCGUUGUUGUUGUUGUUGUAUCUCCUGUAGGUUUUUAUAGCUGUGGACACACCCAAGUAACCCCCCAAAUCCUGACCAGGGUUGGCAGGGAGCAGCGUGGGGCCACCUGAGGUGCUGGGGUGUGUGAGACGGGUGCAUCCCUGCGGUCUUUGCUGCCACCAGCAAAGGGACGGUGGCUGGGAGUUGUUUGGAGGCGCGGAGAGGUCCCAGCCGUGGGAUGGGGUGGCUGGGAUGCUCCGUGGGUGGGUGUGAUGGUGCUGAGUGGCAGGAGGACCCCUGAGGUGACAGUGGUUUGGGGGUGUGGGCCUGUGUGGGAGCGUGAUGGGGGUCAGGAGCACUCUCCUGGAAUUACUCCUGACGUGUGGGAUGCUCUGCCGAACCAAAAUCCCUGGCACGGUGACCAUCUCCUCUCACUCCUCUCUUUACAUGUCCCAGAGGGACAAGCAGAGGAGCUGUGGGACAUCCAGUCCUACCACACUCCUGGUUUAGCUCUCAGGAAUCCACCCCCUGACUUCCAGGUGAGCUGGGCAGUGGCUCUCUCUGGAUGUGCCUCCUCAUUUCUCCAGGGGUUUGGCUUUGCCUCCUGUCACACCCCACAGGAGCUCAGCAGCCUUUGGAGGGGGUGACCAGCUCCUGGGGACCACAGGCGUCCGAGGAGCCGCAGCUCUUGGGGGGCAGUGCCGGGUGCCAGGUCUCCUCUAGCUCUUGGUCCAGGCUGGGAGCCCUUGUGAGAGUCCAGGGGUCUCUAUUGUGCCCAUCCGUGUUUCUGGGGGAUCAGACUGAUGUGGCCUGAUGCUGUUUCUCCCCAGGCUGUCUAGGAAAGGAUGGGAUCUUCUAGCUUGGGGUCUCUCCCGCUGGGACUGAGGUUACAUGUAGGAUUCAUUUCCCCGAAUCCUACACGUAAGCAAGCACUUCUGCCAAGGAUAACCUGGCAUCGCCCCCCUUCCCUUGGGGACAUGGAAGCAGCAGCCUCCUUGCACCCUCUCUCCCCUCUGUUGCCUCCAAAGCCUGGGGGAACUCCUCAUCCUGGGUGCUGCUGGCCUUAGGUUGUGCAUGAAGAUCUUUCAGGCCGCUCUGAGGCCCCGUUUGUGGGUGCUGGUUCAUGAGCUGGUUCCUUCUGCUUUCCUGCCAAUUGCUUUUCUUUCACCUUGGUUCUCCCUUUGGCUGGAGGUGAAGGCAGAAAGCAGCUGGCCCGUUCACCACCCCCCUGACUUUCGGCAUCCCUGGGGCCAGGAGGUUCCCGCAGUGACAUCUCUUGUGGGUGUGAUCCUUUAUUCACAGUCUUCUCCAUGGACUUGGCUGGUGACCUGGAGACUCUUCCCGGACAGUUAGCUCAAGCCCUUUGUUUAUGUUUUUCUGGGGGGAGAUGGAGGAGCGGACUGAACCCGAGCAGCUCAGUGAUGGUUCCAAGAGGCAGCGGAUCUGCGGGCCGGGAUCAGCCACGCUCCUCCAGCAGUUCCCCCUUCCUCAUCCCCUGCCAUGUCUUUCUCCUUCCUCUGCCCAUGCGUGAGGGACACAGAGGUGUCCCCAUGGCAUCAUCUCUGGAAGGGAGAAACCCAAAUCCAGCGGCAUUUUCGGCAACAUGCUCCUCCCAUUUCUGGUGGGGUCCGUCCUCACCCGACCAGCAGAGCAGAGGAUGGAUGAGUCAAAUCAUUGCCCAGCGUCGCCUGCCCGACGCCCCCGAGCCCAGGGGCCGGGUUCCCACCGUAGCUCCCAUGGAGUUAUUGGAGCAGGACACCUCCCACAGCCAGAACGCUCAGUCCCAUGUGCUCCCGUGGCACGCUGCUCCUGGAACCCUGGGGGAAGGAUCCGGCUCUCCGUCCCUCCCACCCCCGUUCCCAAACCAGCCAGGGAAGCACUCGCUUCCCUCUCGUCUUCUUGCAGCAUCAAUAGGAGGCAAAGUCAAUAAGAAGGUAACAAAGAAGCUAUAUUAUAUAUAUAUAUAAAAUAUAUACAGAGAGAGGAGAUGGAAUAAUAACCUAGAGAUUCUCUAUUUCUAUUGUAUAUUUAUUCUGUAAAUGUCACUGUAAAUGCUGGUAAAUGACAAAUCGUACUCCGAAGUGGCCCAUGACCUGUUUUCAUUCCCAGUGCUGUACAGAUCAAUCCUCAUUCUAUAGCAGGGCAUCUUUUUACCUUUUUAUUUCUCGUGCGUGGUGGGUGCACGUCCCCUUCUCCCCCCAGCCCCGGGGGCGUGCAGCUGCCCCGGGGAUCCAGCAGCGAGGAGGAGGAGGAGGAAGAGUGACGACACCUUUACUUUUCUCUGUGGAAAUACCGUAUCUUGUCGUGGCAUUUGCUCGGUGUUAGACACGGGGUGUUGGGGAUGGGGUGUGUGUGUGUGUUAGGUUUUAGGAGAUCCGUGUUGUCGCCGUGGGAGCGUGCGCGUGUUCGUCCGUAGAUGCCGUGCGUGGGGUGUGCGCGUGUCCGUGUGCGUGGGUGGCUUUAGGAUUCACUUCUGGCUGUACUCGCUCACUUUUGGAGCCUGCCUGGGGGGGGUUUCUCCCGCUCGCCGGGGCAGGUUCUCCCUCCACACACCUUCUCGGGGUCCCAGGCUGUGGAUCGGGCUGACCCCCAGUGGCUUUUAGCCCUAGGAAUCACUUCUUUCCCUCUUUUUCUGCACAGAGGCACAGGGAAUAGCUGCUAGUCGUGAGCACAGGCACUUUUCAGUUUUCCUUCAGGCAGUGGGACAAAGAGGGGGGAACCACUGCUGAUGUCCCUGUCCCCCCACAUCAGCUCCUUGCAGGGUUCCCAGCCCAGACCCUGCUGCUCGGAGCAGUGUGGUGUCCCUGGCUGGGGGACGAGGAGGGGCCGGGUAGGUCAGGAGGGGUCCAAACGCUGUUCCCUCUCUGGGGGGAGGGUGUUCAGGGGGUCUGGAGAGGGCAAGAGGGAGCUUGCUGGAGAGGCACGCCCUGUGGUGCUGGAGCUGCAGGUCCAGCCUGCAGGGCUGCAGUUGGGGCGCUCUGUCCCCAGCAUCGGCCUCUGCUGCAGGGACCUCGACCCCGGUGCAAAGCAGAGGGGAUGACCGGAGCUGGUUCCUCAGGGUGUCCCACGGCUCAUUCCCCUCAGUCCCCUCAAAACAGCCCUUUCCUCACCUCCCAGCUCCUGCCCAGACCCUGCCAGGCCACAUUAAGCCCCGGCACCUCCCAGAAGCAGCUCCCACUGCCUUCCAAUGGCCCCCACCCUUCCCGAGCGUGGGUCCCCUCGGCAGGAGCGGGGCCGGGGGGGCCUUGGUGGCCGGGAGGGACAUGGCACAGCCUUCCCCUGGGACAAGCACAACACUGGCGAAGCCCUCCUGUACAGGUAAAGCACAGACCUCGUAGUGACGCGUCCCGUGUCCCCUCGUAGCCGCAGUAGUUCCCACGUGUGCCGGGCGGGGCCGGGCUGCGCCGCCCGGGCUCCUCGGCCAUCGGGAGAAACCUUGUAAGAGCUGUACCAGAGUCUGAUUAAAAGUCUCUUCUUACCAAA